ACUUAUUUCACUAGUUUUUGGUAUAUUGGCCAAUCAGUGCGCGGGGCGUGUGGCUGUAGCUGGAGCGCAUUCCAGCUGUUAUGUCUAGUUCCAGUCUUGCUGCGUUGUGUAAGGGUCUACCCUUAAACCCCCUGCCUGUGAGUCCUGGAAGAGAUGUACAACUGCCUCAUGCACCCAUGAGAACCCCAGAUCUUAGCCUGGAGGAGGAGAAGCUGGCUUUGCAGAAUUCUUUGCGUUACAUUCCCACAGAGUUUCAUGACAUUUUAGCUCCAGAAUUUGCAGAGGAACUACAUCAGUAUGGGCAUAUCUACAUGUACAGGUUUUACCCUCAAAUAGAAAUGAGAGCUUACCCGAUAAAUGAUUAUCCAUGUAAGACUAAGCAAGCUGCAGCGAUAAUGCACAUGAUUAUGAACAAUCUGGACCCUCGAGUGGCACAGUUUCCCCAGGAGCUUGUGACAUAUGGUGGAAAUGGGCAAGUUUUCAGCAACUGGGCUCAGUUCUGGCUGGUGAUGCACUACCUGUCAGAAAUGACUGAUGAGCAGACACUGAUAAUGUACAGUGGCCAUCCCCUAGGUUUGUUCCCCAGCCAUCGAGAUGCGCCUCGUGUGGUCAUUACUAACGGAAUGGUGAUACCAAACUAUUCAUCAAGAGAAGAGUAUGAAAAAAUGUUUGCAAUGGGCAUCACCAUGUAUGGGCAGAUGACUGCUGGGAGCUACUGCUAUAUUGGGCCUCAAGGGAUAGUCCAUGGCACAGUGCUAACGGUAAUGAAUGCAGGCAGAAGAUAUCUGGGGCUGAACAACCUGAGUGGAAAGGUCUUUGUCACAGCUGGUCUCGGAGGGAUGAGUGGUGCACAAGCCAAGGCCGCAGUUAUCGCUGGUUGUAUUGGAGUGAUUGCUGAGAUUGAUGCGAUUCCACUGAAGAAAAGAUACCAGCAAGGUUGGCUGAUGCAGAUUACAAAUAACUUAGAUGAUUGCAUCCUUCAUAUCAGGGAAGCCAAGAAGAAAAGAAAACCACUUAGUUUGGGUUAUCAUGGAAAUGUGGUUGAUCUUUGGGAGAGACUAGUACAUGAGUUUGAGUCUACUGGAGAGCUCCUGGUUGAUCUUGGGUCAGAUCAGACUUCCCUCCACAAUCCUUAUAAUGGAGGAUAUUACCCAGUGCAGCUCAGCUUUGAGGAUGCGAACAACACGAUUCACAGUGAUCCACAGACAUUCCGUAAAUUAGUUCAAGAGAGCUUGAGAAGACAAGUAAGGGCAAUAAACAAGCUGUCUGAUCAGGGUAUGUUUUUCUGGGACUAUGGUAAUGCUUUUCUUCUGGAAGCCAAGAGAGCUGGUGCUGAUAUUGAGAAGAGUGGUGGUGGAAAGACUGAAUUCAGAUAUCCUUCAUAUGUGCAGCAUAUUAUGGGGGACAUUUUUUCUUUGGGAUUUGGACCAUUCCGAUGGGUUUGUACCUCUAGUGACCCUGAAGAUUUGUCUGUCACUGAUUUAAUUGCUACCUCAGUGCUUGAAAACCUCAGCAAGGAUGUGAUGGAGUCUGUGAAACAGCAAUACAGCGAUAAUAUUGACUGGAUCAAAAAAGCUGGAGAACACAAACUGGUAGUUGGUUCACAAGCCCGGAUUCUGUAUUCUGACCAGAAGGGACGCAUUUCUAUUGCUGUUGCCAUAAAUAAGGCAAUUGCUGAGGGAAAAAUCAAGGCUCCAGUGGUUGUCAGCAGAGAUCAUCAUGAUGUGAGUGGGACGGAUAGCCCCUACAGAGAAACAUCCAACAUUUAUGAUGGAUCAGCCUUCUGUGCAGAUAUGGCAGUGCAGAACUUUGUUGGUGAUUCGUUCAGAGGAGCUACCUGGGUUGCACUUCACAAUGGCGGUGGAGUAGGAUGGGGUGAAGUGAUAAAUGGUGGAUUUGGAAUGGUUUUGGAUGGAUCUGAAGAAGCUGAAAAACGGGCUAAAAUGAUGCUGAGCUGGGAUGUUGCAAAUGGCGUAGCUCGGCGCUGUUGGUCAGGAAAUACUCGUGCAUAUGAAACAAUUUGCAGAACCAUGACUGAAAACAGUGGGCUUAGGGUGACACUCCCAUUCGAAGUGCAGGAUGACAGUGUGUUGGACAGAGCCCUACAGAAAUAGGCACUUCCUGCCCUUUGGUGUGUUAUUUCUUAACCUGGAAGAUGAAAAGAAUGCACAGGUCUAAAUCAAAACUGUAUUGGAAAGAUUUUUAACUAAUGUUUCUCUGAUUGAUUAUAUGUAUUGCUUUUGUUACUGAACAGCAAGGAUAGGAAUCACUUAUGUUAUUGGACUAAUUAAAAUGUUGUAUUGUUAAGAGUAAA